AUGGAUAUACUCUUUCUAAUUCAACUUGUGUCUGUGGUGAUGGAUACUUCUCAAGCAACUCGACUUGCCAGCAAUGCACAUCACCAUGCUCUAAAUGCUCUGACUCUGCUACAACAUGUACUGGAUGUGAAAGUGGCCUAUUAUUGAGCGGUAGCUCUUGUGUUAACUGCACAUCGCCAUGCUCUGAGUGCCAAGCAAGUCCUACCAAUUGCACCAAGUGCGAUUCUGGGUAUUAUCUGUCUGGCAAUAGUUGUAUUCAAUGCACAUCUCCUUGUUUAG